AUGGACGCACCCGCUCCCAAGACGUCGCAGAACCUCUUUGAGGUCUAUCUUCGGCUGCGCCCACCGCCCACGGCUGCUGCUGCUGCUGCUGCUGCUGCUGUCGCGCAAACGGACCGAGUCCUCACAGUCGAGACGCCCGAUCGAGAUGGCGUCAAGCCCAGCCACAUUACGCUCAACCCGCCGUCGGACCGCCGUCGCGCCAUUGAGCGCUUCGGCUUCACGCAGGUCUUUGCGGAGACGGCGUCGCAGCUGGAUGUCUUUUCGAGCACGGAGAUUGUCAAGAUGAUUGAGGGCGUGCUGGCGCCCAAGGGGGGCGAAGGGACGGAUGCAGUCGUCGCGACGCUUGGUGUGACGGGCUCUGGAAAGACACAUACUAUUCUCGGGUCCAAGACGCAGCGAGGCCUUACCCAGCUGGCAGUGGACGUCGUCUUUCGCUCCAUCGGCCCCAGUAUGCUCGACGUCGCCUCUCUGCCCGCCGUCCUCGAAUCGUUGCAGGCCUGCGAUCCUUCAGAAUCACCCCUUGUGGCGGCGCCGCAGUAUCUCGAGACCGUUUUUGCCGACCACUCGCAGUUUUCUCGAGCUAACUCGCGCGCUGCCACACCCAUGAAUUGCCGUUCCUGGCAGCCCGACGUUGCGCAGCCCAAAUCUCUGUCCAAGAAGCGGCUGGAGCCCAUCUACAUGGCCCUCACCGCCACGGCCCGCAACGAAUCCACCGUCCACAGACAGGGUGUCAAGACUAACAGCAUCCAGGGCGACUUUAGCUCGAGCCUCAUGUCCUCCGCGCCUCGCCGUAACCUCCCGCCCAUGCCAAACUCUCUCCCGAAACAGCCCGAUGUGAGCGGCAUCCUCGUACCGUGUGAUGCUUCGGCCGAAUAUGUUGUUGUUGUGUCCAUGUACGAGGUUCACAACGACCGUAUAUACGAUCUCCUCACCCCUGCCACGAAGAAUGCCGCCACCAAAGAGUUUCGCCGUCGCCCUCUACUCUUCAAGUCGACAGAACUGUCACCAGAUCGCAAGGUUGUCGCUGGCCUCCGCAAAGUUGUCUGCACGACGGUCAGGGAGGCGCUGCUCGUUCUCGAGGCUGGUCUGCAGGAGCGUCGCGUGACGGGCACCGGCAGCAACAGCGUGUCGAGCCGCAGCCACGGUUUCUUUUGCUUUGAAGUCAAGAAGCGCCACGGUGGUCGACGGCCUGGCCCGUGGGGCGGCAGCAAGCUGACGGUGGUUGAUUUGGCUGGCAGUGAACGCGCCAGGGAAGCCAAGACGGCGGGUGCUACGCUUGUCGAAGCGGGCAAGAUUAAUGAGAGUCUCAUGUACCUCGGACAGUGCCUACAAACACAGAGUGAGCUGGGAACCUCGACCAAGCCCAACGUUGUCCCAUACAGACAGUGUAAGCUGACUGAGCUUCUCUUUUCCAACUCUUUCCCGUCGCAUGCCAGCCCGCAUAUGCCUCGCCGGAAUCCUCAAAGGGGCGUCAUGAUUGUGACUGCCGACCCAACCGGUGAUUACAACGCCACAUCUCAGAUCCUCCGCUAUAGCGCCCUCGCUCGUGAGGUUACCGUACCGCGCGUCCCCUCCAUCACUGCCACAAUACUCGCCAACGCUCCUACACUGGCAUCAGGCAACACCACACGUUCUGUCAGCCCUAUCCAGCAUCAUUACCAGCAGCGUCCAUUCGUCCCUGCUGGCGGCAACAGCAACAGCAACUAUCGCAACCACACGCCCGUCGACGAGCGCGCCACCAUGGAGAUUGCGGCGCUAGAAAUUGCACGUCUCAGCGACGAGCUCGACCAGCUGCGCGCCGAAGCCGACGCCCACAUGGAGGCGCGCUUCACCGCAGAGGCUCACCUCCUCAGUAUGGAGGACCGCCUGAUUGACCUCGAGGCCGCCGUGCGCGACGAAUGUGCCGCCGAGUUUGAGCAGACGCUCAUGCUCGAGCUGGCCCGCUUCAAGACGAGUCUGGCGCUGGAGCAGGAACGCAGCGAGGAGCACUGGGACCGCAAGGUCGACUUGCUCGAGCGCGGCCUGGACAGCAGCACCGGCUGCCAGGAUGUCGAGCAGCAGCAGCAGCACAACAAGGAGAAUGUCUUGGUGGAGGAUUUGACAGAGGAAGUUGAGCGGCUGCGCAGAGAGAAUGCCGUGCUCAAGAGGGAGCUGGCCGGUCGCAGCCCGACUAAGCGCAAGCCCCUGGAGGAGAGGGAUGACUAUUCACCGGCGCCGGAAGCGGUGGCACCAGGCAGCAGCACCGGUGGAGGCGGCAUCGCAACUCUUGGUAGAAAGAUGGAGCGCAUGCGUGUUCACGCCGAUGCUGGCUCGCGGUCAGGCAGCGGUGCGAGCAACGGUAGCCCGAAAAAGAUGCGUCAAAGUGCCAAGGCGACGCAGUAG